CUGAUGGUGCUGGAGAGCGAGCUCGUUUGCCAGUACUGUGGGCUGGAAACUGCACCUCAAACUUUCCGACGCCACUGAUGGGGGAAAGCACGAUUUCGUUCCGAUAGAUUUGCAAAUCACGCUAGCCCACUGCCUCGGUGACUUGUGUCUGGAAGUAAAGCAUAAUGGCCGAAGCCUUCGCAGCUCCGAAGGGUGCCCCUGGGACAGGUCGGGGCACGUAUGUGGACCGGGAUAAACCGGCCCAGGUUCGGUUCAGCAACAUUUCCGCCGCGAAAGCUGUUGCUGAUGCCGUCAGAACCAGCCUGGGCCCCAAGGGCAUGGAUAAAAUGAUUCAGGAUGGGAAGGGAGACGUGACCAUCACCAAUGAUGGAGCCACCAUCCUCAAGCAGAUGCAGGUCUUGCACCCUGCUGCUAAAAUGCUGGUGGAACUGUCCAAGGCUCAGGACAUAGAGGCUGGGGAUGGCACCACCUCUGUGGUGAUCAUCGCUGGGGCGCUCCUUGAUGCCUGCUCCAGACUGCUCCAGAAAGGCAUCCACCCCACCAUAAUCUCCGAGUCCUUCCAGAAGGCGGUGGACCGCGGGGUCGAGAUUCUGACUGACAUGAGCCAGCCGGUGGAGCUGAGCGACAGACAGACCCUUCUCAACAGUGCUGCCACGUCCCUCAGCUCCAAGGUGGUGUCACAGUACUCCAGCCUGCUGGCCCCCAUGAGCGUCGACGCCGUCAUGAGGGUCAUCGACCCCGCCACCGCCACGAGCGUCAACCUGAACGACAUCAAAAUCAUCAAGAAGCUCGGGGGAACCAUAGAUGAUUGUGAGCUGGUGGAUGGGCUGGUUCUGACCCAGAGGGUGGUGAACACGGGCAUAACGCGGGUGGAGAAGGCCAAGAUCGGACUCAUUCAGUUCUGCCUGUCACCUCCCAAGACAGAUAUGGACAACCAGAUUGUUGUGUCGGACUACGCACAGAUGGACCGGGUGCUCCGCGAGGAGAGAGCCUACAUCCUCAACCUGGUCAAACAGAUUAAGAAGGCGGGCUGCAACGUGCUGCUCAUUCAGAAAUCCAUCCUCAGGGAUGCUCUGAGUGACCUGGCCCUGCACUUCCUAAACAAGAUGAAAAUUAUGGUCGUCAAGGAGAUUGAGAGGGAGGACAUCGAAUUCAUCUGCAAGACAAUCGGAACCAAGCCUAUUGCCCACAUCGACCAGUUCACCCCUGAGAUGCUGGGCACCGCUGAGCUGGCAGAGGAGGUGAAUUUGGAUGGCUCUGGGAAGUUGGUCAAGAUCACAGGCUGUGCCAGCCCGGGCAGGACGGUCACCAUCGUGGUGCGCGGCUCCAACAAGCUGGUGAUUGAGGAGGCUGAGCGCUCCAUCCACGACGCUCUGUGUGUCGUCCGCUGCCUGGUGAAGAAGAGAGCCCUGAUUGCCGGCGGGGGUGCCCCUGAGAUCGAGCUGGCGCUGAGACUGGCGGAGUACUCGCGCACACUGGCGGGAAUGGAGGCCUACUGCGUCCGCGCCUUCGCCGACGCCCUGGAGGUGGUGCCGUCCACGCUGGCUGAGAACGCCGGCCUCAACCCCAUCUCCACUGUCACCGAGCUGCGCAACCGACAUGCCCAGGGGGAGAGGACAGCAGGCAUCAACGUCCGGAAGGGUGGCAUCUCCAACAUCCUGGAGGAGCUGGUGGUGCAGCCUCUCCUGGUGUCCAUCAGCGCCCUGACGCUCUCCACAGAAACCGUGCGCAGCAUCUUGAAGAUCGACGAUGUGGUGAGGGACCGCGCGGUGGGGGUGAACACUCGAUGA